ACCAAUCCUCCAGGUGACUUCCAGCCAUGAAGACUCUUAUCCUCCUCUCUGCUCUUGUCCUGCUGGCCUUGCAGGUCCAGGCUGAUCCCAUUCAAGAGGCAGAGGAAGAGACUAAAACUGAGGAGCAGCCAGCAGAUGAGGACCAGGAUGUGUCUGUCUCCUUUGAAGGCCCAGAAGCCUCUGCUGUUCAAGAUUUACGCGUAAGAAGGACCUUGCAGUGCAGUUGCAGAAGAGUCUGCAGAAAUACGUGUAGCUGCAUUCGGCUAUCAAGGUCCACAUAUGCAUCAUAAAUUCUGCUGCAGCUGAACAUGGACCCCAAGGAUGAGAUAACCACAUGCCCUGGGGCCUCACAGUCGGUCAUUACCCUUGUGCUUGGCCUCGACUGUUUUUCCUUCUCCAAUAAACUCCUUGCAGAUAA